AGAGCCUGAUAGUAAGUAAUGCAUCCAACGACUAUGGGCAGAAAACCGACAGAGCCCCACUAUAACAGAGAGGUUUCCCUUCCUCGGCGGGGGAUGGGCAGCGGUCUGCCUGCGCUGCCCUGUGCCACCACCUGUGGCCGCUCGGUGUGAGGUGCCCGGCCUUGGCUCCUCCUCCUCUGCAGCCCUGAUCGCUCACACUGACUCACACGCCGAGGAGGGAGGGGGAGAUGUGAAGCCAUUCAAUUCCUCUCCAGCAGCCAUCUUCACUUCCUCUUCUCAUUCCUCCCGCUACCUAUCAGUGAGAUCUGCCCUCCAGCCCGUGCACCGUGCCCUGGGAGAGCCCGGCCGGCUCCGAUCGCCGCUCCUCUUCACGUUGGCUGUCCGGCAGGUGACCCGGUUCUGUGGAGGUAGAGGACCGGGAGUAGCGAGGGAAUCCCAGCACAUCCAUCCCAGCAGCACAGAGGGAUACAGAGGGGGACCGGAGCACGGCAGCUGGGAAACCGCCCGGGCAUAGGGAUACAGCGUACAGUACAAAGGGUCUGCGCCGGCGGCCAGCAACAAACAGGACGAGGAGGACAGCACUUGCGAGUGAUAUGUUUUCAUCUACACCGUGAACAUUGAAUUCUCCUCGAUGCAGGCGCAACUCUUUGAGAAUACGGCUUUGCUGAGCACCUGACAUUUGUUGGAUAUUUACAUCCAGAACUCCUCUUUAUCGGAUUUAUAGCUGCUUGAACUUCUUUCCACUGGGUUGUUUAGCGCGACUCUCACCAUUUUGUGCGCACUAUAAUUUUUGGACUUUUAGCAAUGAGUGAAUUCUGGUUGUGUUUCAACUGCUGCAUUGCAGAACAGCCGCAGCCUAAAAGGAGGCGGCGCAUCGACAGAAGCAUGAUAGGAGAACCCACAAACUUUGUUCAUACUGCACAUGUAGGAUCAGGGGAUGUAUUUAGUGGAAUGAAUUCAGUGAGUUCUAUCCAAAACCAAAUGCAGUCAAAGGGCGGCUAUGGUGGCAACAUGUCUGCGAAUGUCCAGAUGCAGCUUGUAGAUACAAAAGCAGGAUAACUUUAGUUUUGCCUGGGUCUUCUGGAUGGUUCUUAGCUUCUCCUUCCUUUUGUCUUUACCACCUUCAUUUUGCAUCGGUGACUGCUUUCUGUGUUCUUCAUUGUGUGCAAGAUGAUGCAUUUGUACUCCCACAAGAAAACAAUGAUGGCCUGUGCCAACGGUCUUACUAAGCGCAAAAGGGCACGAAGAGUCCACGCCAAAAUUAAUAACAAAAUAUUUGGAAUCAUUUUAUUUUGCAGACCCACACAUUUUCCACUCCUGUUUUUUGUAUUUUUUUGAGUUUUUUUUUUUCUUUAGUUAAUAUUUGCUAGAUGCAGGCCGUUGCUCAUGGAUGUUGAGAAGGUCUGGGACUUUCAAGCACAAUGCUUAUUGAAAUUUGGACUGUCAGUGAAGUAGAUGACUUGCAUGCUAUGUAAUGUUGCUUUGUACAGUGGCCCUAUGCUGGGCCUAGAAAUGGGAAACUGCCUGUUGCUGAAGAUGAUGCUACUUGUAUCUGCCAAAAUGUCCUCCUAAAGCAACAGGAGUAAAUGCGUGUAAAGAACUCCUAGUAUAGCUAUAUCACUUUAGGUCUACCCCAAACUGAUCUCGCUAAGGAUGAUUAUAAAAAUAAUAAUAAGAAGUAAUAAUAAAACGCUUCCAUUCAUAAGGAAUUCUGUUGUAAAUGUUCACUAUAUUUAUUUGGAAGAUCUGACUUCGAGAUUGUAAACCAGUGUAGUAACCUAUAAAGUGUCGUAUUGGUGCUUUUUGUCUUGUCAGAAAUACUAGAAUCACCAUUCCUGCUUUCUUCCCCAUUUACCUACCUAAAGUUAGGUGGCCAAUAGUGCAUGUCAGACAACCUGCAAUAAUCCCAUAACAUGAUAUGAUGUACAGGAAACAAUCUAGCUGGACUAGUUGUUGUUUGGACAACUACCAGCACGGUCUGUCAUGAAGCUGGUGGAAAAGUACACUAGUUGUAUGGCCAGAUUGCCAACGUCUGAAUUAAGCCACACACUUUAGAAAUUCAGUAAUAUUAUUAAUAUAAUACAUUAGCCAUGAAGACUUGUGAUGUGCUUAUCAGUGUAACAUUGUGCCCUUUCAGGAGUAAUCACACUCAUAAUAAUCCAUACUACAUAUUUACUACAAGUGAGCAAACCUACACUAACUUUGCCCAUAUCCAAGAAAUAUACUAUUGAUUUGCUUAGACCUGCUUCUAAAGUAACCAGAAUGCCAGGAAAUGUCUGGUAUGACACUUUAAAGGGGUACUCCGGUGGAAAACAUUUUUUUUUAAAUCAAAUAUUGCCAGAAAGUUAAACUGAUUCGUAAAUGACUUCUAUUAAAAAAAAUAUUUAACCUUCCAGUACUUUUCUUUUUGAAUGUCUUUUUUUGUCUUGUCCACAGUGCUCUCUGCUGACACCUCUGUCCGUGUCAGGAAUUGUCCAGAGCAGCAUAAGUCUGCAAUGGGGAUUUUCUACUGCUCUGGACAGUUCCUGAUACAGGUGUCAGCAGAGAGCACUGUGGACAAGACAAAAAGGAAAUUCAAAAAGAAAAGAAUUUCCUCUGUAGCAAACAGCUGCAAAAAAAGUACUGAUGGGGUAAAGAUUUUUUUUAAUAAAAGUCAUUUACAAAUCUGUUUAACUUUCUGGCACCAGUUGAUUUAAAAAAAAAAAAAUGUUUCCACCGGAGUACCCCUUUAAGGUCUCUUCGGACUGUAUCCAAAGGAUACAAUACUAGAAGACCUCCAAUGGAUACAUUCCUGGGGACACAUCAGAGAGUCAUUCCUGACUUUUUGGGUAAUCCAAGUCACUUUAAAAGUUUAGCACUUUUUUUUUCCAGGCUAAAUUAAUUGAUGUCCAAUUCGGAUUUUGGCAAAGUUACUGUGGAUUAUGUCACCUCGCAUACAGCUUUAGAUGAUUAUUUUCACAUGUAGAAAUCUAUAAAGGAGAAUAUGAUAUAACUUCUAGAUUUAUGAUUACAAUAGGUCCAAUAGUCAAUCAUUUACAAGCUGUAUGACCUGAAGAAAGGAAUUCCAAAUAAAGUUUUUAAAGAUUUAACCACCCACAAGGCACGGAAAUAUUAGUGAUCCGAGUGAUAAGAGAUGGUCAAAUGUUCCAACCAAUGAGCAAUUCUUCCUAGUAUUGGGUUUUACAUUGCACAAUGUGCCAUUGGUAGAGUUGGUGCACAUGUUCUCCCACACCACCCAGUGUAAAAGAAAAUAAAUUCUACCUACCUGAUUUAUCCCACACUAGUUCCUAGACGUAUUUUUUUUUUUUUUUUUUUACAAAGUGCUUGUAGUAUAUCUUCAACAUGUGCCACCAGCAUUUCAAGUGCUGGUUUCCCAAAGAUCUAGUGUGGGGGGUCACUGCUGGUGACCAGGCCUUUUGCCCAUUGUUUCCAUUGUUGAUUAGGACAGUAGUCCUCAAACAUGGCCUCAUGACCCCUAGCUGUGAGCACACCAUAAGCAUCCUGUGUUAUGACCAUAUACAUUGGCAAUUAACAAUAUUACAGACUGCAAAUUAAUGAUGUCUCUCCUCCAUCUAUGAAUGUGGCCCCAUGCUAUGACUCCAAUUUGUCAUGACUUUCUGUGAUGAUUAUUUUUGCAUACAUGUAUAACAUAUUAUUAGGUGGAAUUGCUCCGUUUCAGCAUAGGCCCAUUUGCCCAGCUGGCAGGGGUACUUGAAGACAAAGCAGAUCAGACAUAGUUCUGCCUCUUGUGCAAAGAAAUAGGGAUCAUUUUUAAGGAAAUCAAAAAACAGCAUGAAGUUCUGCAAAGGAGAAUUCUUAAAAAGACAAUAUAAAAACCAUUAAUGGUGUUCUCAAAAUAAGUUAAAAAAAAAAAAAAAAAGUGGAAACUCAGUUCUUGACCAUCCACUGCAGUUUUUUGUUAAGGUCCUUGUGACCAUACGAACAGUACUGAUAUCUUCAUGGUCCACCUUCUCAUUUGGGAUUCUAAUGGAGGGUGUAAUAGUGAUCCCCAUUUUAGACAAUGGAAGAAGUUAUGAUAUGGACCUUUUAUUCUUCAUAUUGAACCACAUAAGUUCUUCCUAUCCCAUUAGGACCUGUUGGAGAGUGGUGUCUGGAUCUUAAAGAUCUCCUUUCCACAUUUAAUAGGGACUUUUAUAUUUCACUUUUUAGUGUUCUCCUUUAAGACGGUGUAAGACCACUUUAAAGGAGAACUCUGGGAUGUAGAUGUAACAACGUAUCCCCUAUCCUAAGGAUGGGGGAUAUGUGUUAGAUCCGGGGGGGGUCCGACCGCUGGGGCCCCCCGCGAAUCUCCCGAACAGCAUGAAUGGGGUGUGUCGACCACCACACGAAGCAGCGGCCAACUCGCCCCUCCAUGCAGCUCUACAGGAGAGCUGGAGCGCUGCUUUCGGCAAUCUCCAGCUCUGCCAUAGAACUGCAUGGAGGGGGCGUAUCGGCUGCAGCUUCGUGCUGUGAUCAAAAAUGCUCGUUUCAUUCAGGGGGCCGGGGCUUCAUGCGGGAGAUCCUGAGGGGCCUCAACAGUCGAACUCCCCACAAUCUAACACUUAUCCACUAUCCUUAGGAUAAGGGAUAAGUUGUUAUAUCCCGGAGUUCUCCUUUAAUUUCUUACAGGCUAUAGGAUUGUAGACUGCUGCUUUGUGGUUGAGCAAAUUCCAAGGAAAAGGUAAAGUGUUUUAAUAUACAGGGUGAAUUUUGACAGUGUCUUUUGCUCAGGUUCUGAAACGUGUAUGUCUUUUACACAUUGUAAAAAUAGUUAUUUUGAUAUUGCACUGUUUACAGAUAUACAUGUUUGGUCUCUCGAUCAGAUCAUGUAAGCAAUGUUUCUUGGAGGUAGCGUGACUGUACAAUGUCGGGCUAGUUUCAGUACCAUGUUUAACACAGUAUUGAAUAAAUGGGAUGUAAAUGUAAGCCUGACUGAAUGCCUGUCGAGAACCAUGAAGCCAAAAUGUUCUGUAAAAUAUCUAGCAUGACAAGCAUACCCUGUCCGUAACGUGUCAUAACAGAUGGCUUAUCAGAGUGGGGAAAGGAAUAAUGUGAAACCAUUGCAAUACACCCCCUAGAUCAAAGUUACUUAUGAACAAGCAGUGAUGGAUUCUUGUUUUAGAUAUCUGUUGCCUACAGGACAUGGAGAUCACCCAACCAAAAUGGCUACACUGAUGUAAAACAUCCAAAAGCCUAAAAACUGUUGUAGUGCAUUCAGUAUUGUGUGAUAUUACACACUGUUCUGUGUAGGGUAUCAGACUGUGCCAGGAUUAUUUGUCAUGCUUUUUAUCAUCCUACUACCAAUCUGUCUGAAGAGCAGGUUUAUCAAAAAAUAUUUUCACAUUCUUUGAUCAAGAGAAUAAGAAAUAAAUAAUGGACAUAUUUUUAUAAUAAAGCAUACUUUUUGUACAUUGUGUUCAUUCUUGAAUAAAGUCAGUUCAGUGUUGGCUCGUAGAUAUUACAGAAAAGUAUUGACAUUGAUUCAAUAAAUGUUUUCUUUCAUCUGAGCGUUGGAGAUUUUAUUUCAUUUUCUCAACAUUAUCAAAUAAAGUUGGCAAUUGAAAUG